CGUUUCCGGUUGUUAAGGAGUUGGAUUUGUUGAUGAGAGCAAGUGAAUCAAUACAUUUGUGGGGUGUUUUUUCGGUCACUUUCUGAGAAUGUCGUCUGAUAAGAAGCCACCGGUUGAUUUGGGUCUUCUGGAAGAGGACGAUGAGUUCGAAGAGUUUCCCACCGAAGACUGGACGGGUUUCGAUGAAGAUGAAGAUACACAUGUCUGGGAAGAUAACUGGGAUGAUGACAAUGUAGAAGAUGAUUUUUCAAAUCAGUUAAGGGCUGAAUUAGAGAAACACGGAUACAAGAUGGAGACAUCAUAGCUUCCCCCCUGUGAAGAGCAAAUUAUCAUUUUGUUUAUUAAAAUAUUCUUUCAUAGUCUGUCUUAAGUAUAUUUGUGUUUCUUAUUUGGUUUUAAUAAAUAUUUUGCCCC